GUGCUUAAUUCCAUGCUCAAAAGCUGUGAUGACAGAUUUCCGAACUUGGAAAAAAGUAAAACCUUAAGACUUUGCACAUUCCUCGAUCCCCGCUAUAAACAUCACAUGUUUCUAGAAGAAUCUACAACCAUUGAAAUCAAGAAAGACCUGUGUGAUUUAUUAGUUGGAGUCAUAAAUCAAAAAAGAAAUGAACAAAAUCCUGAGGACCUCAGUGAUAAUGAAGUUGAACCAGACCAAGAAACAGAAUCUACCGAGAAAAAGAUUUCAGUUUGGGAUGAUGUUGAGGAAAUAAUUGCUAAAGUGAAACCGAAAUCCAAUCCCACUUCAAUGGCAAUCCAAGAGAUACAAAAAUACAUGGAUGACAGUCCAAUAUCUAGGAAAAAGGAUCCACUGGAGUGGUGGAAAUGCCACAAAAACAUUUAUCCCCAUCUAGCCACAGUAUUUAUUCGGAGCUGUGGCAUUGUCGCAACAUCCGUCCCUUGUGAGAGGAUGUUCUCUAAAGCUGGUUAUUUUAUAAGUGACAGAAGAACCCGUUUAACAACAAAAAAAGUAAAUGAACUGAUGUUUUUAAACACAAACCUAAAGUAGACCAAGACUUUUAAAACUGCAACUCUGGUGAAUCGAGGGUAGGCCUACAGUUCUUCGAAACUCAUUGUUUUGUAUGUAAUUACACCUACAUAAUUAAUAUUAAUGACUCUAGUUGAUCUUUUGAUAUUUUUUCUAUUAUGAUGUUAUGAAGUACUAUCUUAUUAUAAUUAUGUCAUUUCUGUUAAUUUGUUCCUAUUUCGUAUUUAAUGCCUAAG